AUGCAGGAGCUCCACGGGGGGGCCGGCGCGGGGGGAGAGGUCGGGGGAGCGCUUGCCGGCGCGGCAGCGGUGACUGCGGCGGGGGUGGCGGUGGGGGAGGCGAUCUCGACGCCUGUGGGAGAGGUAGUGAGUGAUGUGAUUGGGGGAGGGUUUUUCAGCGGACUGCUGGGGGAGGGUAUGUUCGAGGGUAUGUUUGGUUCAGGUGCCGCUGGUUAUCCUCUUUUUGGGAGUCUCGAUACGAGUGUGGAGUUUGCGAUUCGGUUUCUGUUUGCGACGAUUGGGCUGGGCGGGUUUGCGCUGGCGAGACACGUGGCGAGGAUGCACCACGAGAGGACACACCAAAAGGAGGCAACCUGGGGCGAGAAGGUGCUCGGAAACUUCCGAAAUUCGUGGGAUGCGGCGUGGGACCUGUGGGGUAACACGGGAUUGAGCAACCCCAUGACGGCUUUACUGGGGGAGGCCGCAACUGACGGCGGGGAGAGUGACAGCAGGGGCAGCAGCAACGGCCGGGGAAAAACAGAGUCGGAGGAACAGAAAGGGAAGAAGAAGGGGAAGAAGAACGGGAAGAAGGACGGGGGAAAGGAGGGGCUAGCGGCGGGGGUGUGGGAGUCGAUGGUAGGGGGGAGCAAGAAGGAGCAACGGGAGCGGGCGGCGAUGGUGGUGGGGGGCGUGGAGCUGGGCGUGUGGAUGUUCGUGACGUAUGCUGGGCAGGCCAUUGGGCUCGAAACCACCUCCGCGGACGACGCUGCUCUCAUCCUCACCGUCUCGGUGGUGCUGGUUCCAUUCCUGGAGGCCCUCUCAGGCACGCCCAUCAACCGCAGCGUGUGGAUCGCCACACUCCUCGCAUGCACCGGUACACUCUCCCCUCUUUUCACUCUCGUGAAGCUUCUGCCGUCUCCUCCUUUCCUGCCUCCAGCGCCUUUCCUGUGUCUUCUCACUCACUCACGCUUGUGUUGCAUGGUGAUGCUGGAAGGCGGGGAGACCAUCACUGCUGUUGCAGUAGCAGCCACGCCUGCUGACGUCAUCGCCAGCUCAGCAUCAGCUUCCGCCAAUGUCAUCGCUGACACGGCAGCAGCAGCGCUGGCGUCGGUGCCGGUGCAUUGGAGCCUGCCUGUGGGCCACGUGUGGUGCCUCAUUGGCGCUGUGGGUUCUGCCAUCCACGUGGUCCGCUCGGAGGUUCUAUGCGCGCGCUACGACCCGCUCAUCCUUGUAAUCCUGCAGCUGGGCACCACGGCAGCUAUCGGCGUGGUGUGGGUGCUGCUCACGCUGGCAGGCAUCACGCUCACAGCAGGGGGGAGUGCAGUGGCGGGGGCGGACGGCAGUGGGGCAGCAGUAGCAUGGAGCCAGCUGCUGGCCGUGGCUGCUGCUGCUCCCAUCGGCAUGGCGCUGCUGGCUGGGCCGUUCGGAACAGGGAUGUGUGAGUGGCUUGAAUUAGAAGCACUGCGGUUCGUGCGAGCAUCCACAGCCACGCUCAUUCUCACCAUGAGCCCCCUCUGGGGCAGCCUCCUGGCCUUCUUUCUGCUAGGAGAAACACUUAGCACGUCCACUGCUGCGGGCGCCAUUCUUAUUCUACUUGCCAGCCUAGAGGUGCAGCUCUUAGCACCACAUGCGGAUGGGGAGGACGAGGAGGGCGAGGGGUAUGAACAGUAUGUGGAGGAAGGGAGGGGUGGAUGGUUAGGGUUUGGCAAAAAAUGGUGA